AUGGACACUAUUGGAUAUGUUCCAGGACCCAUGCCAAAAUAUGAGCCAGAAAGAGAUCUUCUUGGUUAUGGUGAGAAUCCGGUUGAUGUUGAGUGGCCUAAUGGUGCCAAAAUCGCAAUUUCGUUCAUUCUUAAUUACGAAGAAGGUGGUGAGCAUAAUAUUUUGCAUGGUGAUGAUAGAUCUGAAGCGUAUAUCUGGGAGAAAAGUGGUGCAAACACUGAAGUUCUCAAUGGUAGACACUUGAUGAGCGAAAGUGAAUUUGAGUAUGGCUCGAGGUCUGGAUGCUGGAGAUUGAUUAGAUUGUUUAAAGAGUUUGGAUGGCCGAUGACUCUAUAUGCAGUUGGUACUGCGUUCCAGAAGAACCCUGAGUUUGCUCGUGCAUGCGUUAGAGAUGGUCAUGAAAUUGCCAAUCAUGGCUUACGUUGGGUUAACUGGGCAGGACUCGAUGACAAAACCCAGAUUGAAAUGAUCAAGCAGGCAAUUUUGACCCUUGAAGAGGCGUCAGGCGAAGCACCAGUUGGAGCAUAUAUUGGAAGAGGUAACAUCAAAACACCAGAGUUGGUUAAAAUUGCGCAUGAGCAACUUGGAUACCCAUUUCUGUGGGAAUCGGACUGCUACAAUGACGAUAUCCCUUACUGGAGAGAUGCUGAACAUGAAAAAGAUUUACCACAGGAGGAAAAAAAGGGUUUAUUGAUGAUCCCAUACAACUAUGUUAAUAACGAUUACAAAUUUGUGGCGUCUUCCCCAGGUCCUGGUUUCCCUGGAGCUUUUGUUUAUGAAGAUUACUUGAAGAAUGAAUUCGACCAACUAUACAGGGAAGGAGGUAGAAUGAUGAAUAUUCCAAUGCAUUCCAGAAUUCUUGGCAAACCGGGAAGAGCUAAUGCUUUGAGAAACUUUAUGAAGUAUAUUAGCGAAAAGGAAGGUGUUUGGGUUUGCAACCGCCGUGAUAUUGCACUGCAUUUCAAGAAAAAGUUUCCUUACGUUCCCGGUAAGCUUGCAGUCAAGAAAUUAGGUUAA